UAGACUUCGGAAAUUUAUUGUGACUGAGCUGAAGAGAGAUAUAGACUUUGACAUUUUUAUUGAUACGUUGGAUGGAAUAAAGCACCAUUUUAUUACUGCAUCUUCAUGAAUAUACCAAAGGUGUCAAAGGAGGCAUGAUGAGUGUAUAUCUUAAGCUACUUGGGUUGGUUCUCUGCAAAACUGUGUUUACACAGUAUGCAUGUAACGUGUGCUCCUGCUGUAAAAAUGGUAGAAGUGGUUGCAAUUUUGUUGGAGGAACAUGUAUUUAUGGUUGUAUCCCAGGAUUUUACGGCUCCCAAUGUCGAAACGCUUGUUCUACCGGUUGUCUGAUUUGUUCAGACAACACAAAUAGAUGCAUUUCUUGUAAAAACGGUUUUUAUCGUGAGCAACAACAAAGUGAUAAUGAAUAUCAAUAUUCCUAUUAUUGCCAUGCAUGCAGAUCAAACUGUGUAUCUUGUGUAACUUACAACGAAUGCACUGCAUGCAUUGACGGAAAAUACAGCGUUUAUUUACCCAAUCAUGGCUAUGUGCGUGAUUGCAGAUUUGACUGUAAGCCUAGUUGCAAAGCAUGCACAUCUUACGAUACAUGUACGUUAUGUGUAGACGGAAAAUACAACAACGAAUACAAACCUUGGUAUAAAGACUGUAGGUAUAAUUGCAAGUCAAAUUGUAAAUCGUGUUUAUCGUACAAAAACUGUUCAUCUUGUAUUGAAGGAAAAUACAGUGGAAGAUAUAACGAUUACCCUUAUAAACAGUGGCAUAAUGACUGUAGGCAUAGCUGUAGAUCAAACUGUAAAUCAUGUAUUUCGUUCGAUCAGUGCACAUCGUGCAUUAACGGAAAAUACAGCGGAAGAUUUCAUGACAACUAUACGAUGAAUGAGUACAAAGAUUGUCGUCAUAGCUGUAAGUCCGACUGUGUAUCAUGUACAUCGUAUGACAUGUGCCUGGCAUGUGUAGAAGGGAAAUACAUUGGUAGACAAUACGACAACCCGAACUUUCCAAAAUUCAAUGACUGUCGUCUGGAUUGCCAAAGCAACUGCAAAUCAUGCUUAUCUUUCAAUAAGUGCACCGCUUGCAAAGGCGGAAAGUACAGUGGAAGAAAAUAUGACAGUUGGCGAAACGCUGUGUAUGAUGACUGCCGCCACAAUUGUCAGAGCAGCUGCAGAUUAUGUACGUCAUUUUAUAAAUGCAGUGAAUGUGUUACUGGCAGAUAUGGUGAGUAUUGCGAAAAUGUUUGUGGACGAGGGUGUUUGAACAAUACAUGCAAUAAACAGACUGGAAGAUGUAUGUGUUUAUUUGGCUUCCGUAGUAAUAAAUGUAAUGACUGCGCUACUGGGUAUUUUGGCACUAACUGUGGCAACAGCUGCAGAGGCUGUGUUGGUAAUAAUUGUCAGAGAGAUGGCAAAUGCAACUCUGGCUGUAAACAAGGAUUCCGUGGAGAAAAAUGCGACGGUUGUGAGCCUGGAAAAUAUGGCUACUACUGCAAUAGCAUAUGUGAUUCAAAGUGUGAACAAUGCAUUUCAAAAACAGACUGUACAGUUUGUAAAAAAGGAUAUUUCGGAGAGCAUUGCCAGUUGCGUUGUCCCCCACACUGUGAAUAUUGUACAUCUGAAAACGCGUGUUUGGCAUGCAAUCCCGGUUUCUUCGGAGAAAUUUGUUCAGAUGAAUGCCCAAGCAACUGUAAAGACAACAUAUGUACAAAAGAAGAUGGAGCUUGCUUCUCUUGCAAUUCAGGAUUUUAUGGAAUACACUGUGAUAAAAAAUGCCCCAUUAAUUGUGCAAACAACACUUGCGAUACUAAUGGAAACUGCAUCUCUUGUCAAGGUGACUAUACGAAUACAGAAAGAAAUUGUGAAUGUGCCAAGCAUAUUUGUUCAGACAGUUCCUGUUCUAGCUGUAACGGAUCAACAUUUUACGUUGAGAAAAAUGCCUGCUGCCCAUGUAGCAAAACCUGUAAACAUUCUCAAUGUGAAUCAGCAUCUAAAUGUUCAAGAGGAUGUGAGGCUGGUUAUUAUGGGGAUGACUGCUCUUCUAGAUGUAAAAAUAUAGAUCCCGCUUGCGCUGAAUGCGCUGGCCAUUACACAAAAACCAACGGCAUUUGCGUGAAAUGUAAUGUUGGUUACUACUUCGAGAAAGUGUCUAAUCGCUGUUAUACCUGUCCUAUAUAUUGUGCGGAUAAUGUUUGUAAUCCAGUAAAUGGCACAUGUAUGAAAGGCUGUAGUGAUGGAAGAUGGGGUGAUAAAUGCGAAAAAGAAUGCUCAUCAAGUUGCCACCAGUGUCAGCAGAGUACAGGGAAAUGUUUGACAUGUAAAGGUGGCAAGCAUUCAUUUAACUGCACUGAAGAGUGCAGUGAAAAUUGUAAUUCCACAAGAGGAAUUGGAAUAUGUACUAUAGAGAGCGGAGCAUGCCUGCACGGAUGUUCGUCAUUUCGUAGAUAUGGUAUGUACUGUGAAAAUGAUUGCAGCAGCAGUUGUCUUAACCAGACAUGCGACUGGAAGACAGGUCAUUGUCUAUUUGGAUGCAUUUCAGGCUUUCAUGGGAAAAACUGUGAGAACCAAUGUAGUAUAAUGUGCUCGAAGGUGGAUAAAGGAAGUAGUCAGUGCAAUGAGUCAACCGGAUAUUGUUUUGGAGGGUGCAAUGACGGGUGGUAUGGAGUCCUGUGUUACCAGAAAUGCGGCGAUACAUGUAUUAACAAAACAUGUGACAGAGAAUCUGGAAACUGUCUUCUCGGAUGUACUAAUGGGUAUAAAGGGUCGAAGUGCAUACAAGCAUUGAAAGGAACUGAUGAUGGUGGUAAAACGGGAAUGAUAUUUGGUUUGGCAGCUGGCAUUGUUUCUUUCAUAUUGAUCAUUAUAGGAAUCGCUUUAAUGUAUUUUAUUAGAAAAAGACGAAACAAUAAGGCAAUGGGUAAAGGACACAACUCAAAUGAAAACAGGCACGAUAACAUUGCAGUAACCUUUAGUGAGAUACAGGCCGGCGAAAUAGAAUUUGAACAAAACAAUGCAGUUUAUGCGAGGCCUAACAAACCAAUGAAAAGAGAAGAGGAAUCCACGGCGACAAACAAAACCAACAACAAUUUUGCUUCUAUAAAUGUAAUUGAUACUGAGGGUAAACGGGAAAUCAAACAGAACGAUGCAGUUUAUGCGAGGCCUAACAAACAAAAAAAAGGGGACGUAGCUGGUGAUCAGCACUAUAAAGAAUCCCCCACAGACAACAGUGAUAAUGACAGUGGCAGUAAAAACCUUUACGAUGAAAUUACCAAAUCUGAUGACGACAAUUUUAGAAAAAGUAAAACACGUAUCAAACCACCAAUUAAAACAAAGGCAACAGUAGUUUAUGAAAAUAGUGGUAUAAGAACAUCUGCGUCCAAGAAUUCAAGAGCAAAAUAUAAUACACGACAAUUCACGAGCUCAGUUCUGGAGAUAGAGGAAGACUUGAUCAAUUUGACAGCUCUUACAUGUACAAGCAAUACGGCUCUAUCGCAAGAAGACUCUCGUACAAAAGACACUGAAGCAGACUAUGCAUACUACAAUGUAGCUGACGUGAAAAAGCGAAAAGUGCCGAUUGACAAGUUAGAAGAGUAUGUUUCGGAGCUGACAAGAAAAGACUUCGAAGAAGAGUUUGAUAAACUUCCACCUGGACUAAUCAGACCGUACACUGAGUCACAGAAAAAAGCAAAUUUGACGAAGAACAGAUACAAAGGGAUAUAUCCAUAUGAUAAAACCAGGGUGGUUCUUAGUGGAGAAGGAUCGGACUAUAUAAAUGCAAGUUUUAUAGACGGAUACAAGAAGAUAAAAGCUUACAUAGCUUCAAUAGGUCCAACAUAUAAAUAUAUGGAGGAUAUGUCUCCAUUCUGGCGAAUGGUUUGGCAAGAGAAAGUAGGGAAAAUUGUCAUGCUGACAAAUUUGUCUGAAGCAGGGGAACCGAAGUGUGAUCAAUACUGGCCGGAGAAAGACUGUAGCGAGCUAUUUAAUGAUAUCCUGGUUACAUCUGACCGUGAAGAUAUAUAUGCUGAUUAUACCAUCAGGUCGUUUACUUUGCAGAAAGACUCCGAAGUCAGAAGUAUCGUUCAAGCUCAUUUCACAGCAUGGCCGGAUAAAGGUACACCUGAUGACGUCACCAGUUUAGUAGAAUUUCGUCAAAAGGUCAACAGCUUAGGCACAGAUCUUCAUGGCCCUAUUCUUGUUCAUUGUAGUGCUGGUAUAGGGAGAACAGGAACUUACAUUUCCAUUGAUAGUCUAGUGCAAGAAGGUGAAGCUGAAGGCGGAGUUGACAUCUAUGCAUGCGUCAGAAAUUUAAGGGAGCAUAGGGUCAAUAUGGUUCAAACUGCAGGGCAAUACCAGUACCUGCAUAAUGCCGUUGUGCACACGCUGACAUUUGCCUGCAAACCAGUUAAAGCUUCCAUGUUUCAUGAGUACAUGUCAACACAUACAACUGAACAUCUUGGAAACCAAUUUCAGCAUUUACAAGCUUCUAUCGAAAUAAGAUCUGAUGACGAAACGGAGGCAGUCAGAUUGAAUAAAAAAUUGAAAGAUAAAAAUAGGACUGAUGCUGAUAUUCCAGGACACAUUUGCAGACCAAGACUAUAUCUUCGCAGAAAACAAGGCAUGUCAGGUUACAUCAAUGCGCUGUAUAUCAAUAGUUUCAGGACUAAAAACCGAUUCCUUGUUGCACAAACCCCUUUGCCAAAUACCGUUGAGGAUUUCCUUACCCUGAUUGUGCAGGAAAAUGUUUCUUGUAUUGUUACCAUGGAGCCAAGAUUGAACGGAAAUAAAACCGUCGGCACUUACUAUCCUGAUGACAGUCAACCACUUAAAGUCGGAUCCUGUACUGUCCAGUCUGAAAUGGCAGAAUGCACGAAACAGUAUGUAGAGAGGAAACUAAAAAUAUUAUAUCAAGGAAAAUCAAGUACGCAAGAAGUUACAGUCACACAUAUUCAAUUUACAAAAUGGAUUGAAAGGCAGAAACCUCCAGACGACCCAAAGAUGUUCAUGCGUUUUGUGAAAGAUGUAGAACUGAAGUGCGAUGGUGAUGACAUGGAAAGACCCAUUUUGGUUCAUUGUUUAACUGGGGCUGAAAAGAGUGGACUUUUCUGCGUUGUUUCAAUACUUUUGGAGAAAAUACAACUUGAGCAAGAAAUAAGCGUGGUGAACACAGUUCGUCAAGUCAAAAACAGGCGGCACAAAUCUAUACCAAAUAAAGAGCAGUAUAUUUUCUGCCACCAGUGUUUGGAUGAAUAUCUACAAACAUUUGAUACAUACUCUAAUUUUUGCCUUGAGAGGUAGUUUUCUUCAAAACUGAAUUCAGAGACAAACAACACGUGUAUAUACAACACUAAAAUAUUGUAACCAAUUCGUAUACAUGGAACAUAUUUGUUUUACAAUGACUUGAAUUAUAUAGCGAAAGAGUAAUGGUGAUAGUAUGCUACGCAGAAAAGAGGGGCCACGAAAGAAAACCACACAGAACAGGCGAAUAUAUGCUAGAUGUUUACAAGAAUGUAUAUAAUAUAUUUUAUAUCUCGUGCUACAAUCGAAGUAGUGUAUCUAAACCAUUGAUUUUAACUUGUGAAUAUAAUCAUUGUCUUUCACAUGAAUAUUAUUACAUCACUCGAUCUGCGCACUUGUGUGGUAUAAUAAUUUCCCAUCUGAACUCCAAACAAUAACUUUAUUCAGCUAAAAAUACUGUUUUGGAUAUUUAAUUUCAUAAAUUACAUAUUUUAUGGUGAAAAAAUCAUAUGUACAUGUUAUACAGUCAAAAGGAAUUGAUGCUUGACAAUUUUGAAAAAUAAGAAUAAACACAAAUGACUUUUGUGAUGUAAUACACUUACUUAUAUCGUUAAUGAAAUGUAAAUAAGUUGAGUGAAAAAUAGGCGCUGUAUCAUAAACUGCUGUCUGAGGUUUUGGAUUUUGUACUUGUAGGAAAGUAAAGUUGUAAAUAGCAUAAUAUAUGUGUUUUAACAUGUCAUGUUAUAUAUUUCGUACACAUUGUAUUUGUCAUAGUUAUUUUCAUCGUGUACCCUUUAUGGGUACUAUAUUUGAGUAUGUUUCUAACACGCUUUUAAUAUAUGGAAGUUAUCAUGCUCGUGUAGUUAUGUGUCAUAGCUAGUGUUAGGUUAACUAUAACAGAAGGCGAUUACCGGCUGUCUGUGUUGUUUUUUUUUUUUUUUUUGUUUUUUUUUGAAUUUUGGUCUGAUUGAAAAAAAUAUUUUCGCUUCAACAUAUUGAAAAAAGUCUGGCUCCCAAAUCGCUAACGAAAAAUUUUCUGGUUCCGGGUCAGAAUGAAAAAGAACAAUUACUUCCAUUAGUGUGUAAGUCAUUUUUCUUCGCUUUUAAACUGCUUUUCUAUAACAUAUAGUUACAUAUGCAUGUAUUAGGAAAAGUAUAUUUAAUGACUGAAUUCUGUUUUCAUUGAUAUUGGUAUAAACUACAUUACGACUUCUUGCAACUCGGUGAGUUCCGCUAGUGAUUUUUGGAUUGUUUCCAGAUAUCCGUUGGUUGCAUCCGUAUAUUUAUUAUUGUUAAACGCGUUACAUUCAUUUCUUGAAUUUACCUUUUUAAUAAUUGCUUACUGCAAAAACAUGAGGUUUCUUUAGAAAUACGUAAAAAAAUCAUAAUACAUAUUCGCCUAUCGAUUUUACAAAAGUAGAUGAAACGGCCAGAAAAAAAAAACAAAUUGCAUUUUUUCUUCAAAUAAAAAUUCAAAUCAAAAUAUCUUUAUAUCCGAUCAAAAAUAGUUGUAGAAUUGGUUCAGUUUUAAUCUUUACCGAGAACUUUUGGUACAUACUAAAAGUUAUUUUCAGUUUUAUUGUCGAUUUUCAAAAAAAAUGUCCUUUGAUUUUGCUUCUUUUGUGAAUGACGUCAGAUCACAUUUGCAAUAUUGCGGAAAAGGUCGCCCGUGACAUUUGAUGCAACAGUGUUGUUUUAAGACAGUAAAAUUUACUUAAUGUUAUUUUCUUUAGUUUUAAAAUGCAUAGUGAACCUAACAAUAUAUCUUUAAAUAACACUAUUUGUCCAGUAUUUAGACAGAAGAUUAUUUCCAUCAACGUUUUAAUAUUAAACACUGCAGCAGAAGAGGAAUACAAGUUAGAUUUGGAAGUAUUAAAGUUGUAUUAUGUAAUUUUGACUGCAUUAUGUUAUAUUUAU